AUGGGUACGAGAUUAACUGUUGUAAAGCAGAAACAGCUUUGUUUUAAUUGUCUGGGUAAACAUCAAAUUUCACACUGUAAAUCGAGAAAAACUUGCCGUUUCUGUAACAAAAGACACCAUUCGGAUAUUUGGUCUAAAAAUACAGCAUUCCGCAGGGAUCCGCCGAACAGUUCUGAAGCAGCCGUAUUUUACACAGAAGCAAGUGACACCAGGCCCGAUGUGUUGUUAAAAACUGCUGUGGCCGAGGUUGGAUUUGACCAGUUUACGACAUCCGCAAAUAUUUUAUUUGAUGAAGGAGCGCAGAGAACCUUUAUUACUGAGAAACUUGCGAACGAUUUACACUUACCUCGUACUGGCACUGACGUUAUUCGUGUAGCAUCGUUUGGGAACCAAUACCAAGAUAUACGACAUAUGGACAAGGCUGAUAUCUAUUUGAAAACAGACUAUGGUAAAAAGAUAAAAAUGCAUGUGCUUAUAGUGCCUAACAUUGCCGUUCCGUUUCAAAAUAGAAUCCAGAAAGAAGCAGCAACGUUACCUUACCUACAGGGGCUCAGACUUGCACAUCCGGUUACGACUGAUGACGUAUUUGAAAUUUCCUUCUUAAUAGGUGCGGAUUAUUAUUGGCAGAUUGUACAAGACAGGGUGAUUCGUGGAAAUGGUCCCACAGCCGUAAAAUCCAAGAUAGGAUAUUUGUUAUCAGGUCCCAUGAACCAUCAUUCUACCCCAACACAUGCAAACUAUAUCAUGAAUGUUGUAACAGCGCCACCUACAGCAGACGACAUCGACCGGUUCUGGAAACUUGAGAGUUUAGGCAUAUCGGCAGACGCAAAUGACAAAGCUGAAGCCAACGCAAUGAGAGAUGAAAUUAUAGCAGACCAAGAGAAGAGAAGUUUUAUUGAAAAGGUACCGGAAGUAGAACUACAGAGAGAUGAUAGACAGAUCCAUUACAUACCCCAUCAUCCCGUGAAGAAGGACUCAGACACAACACCCGUACGAAUAGUCUAUGACUGUAGUUCCCACCAGUCCAAAGAAGUUCCAAGUCUGAAUGAUUGUUUGCAAUUAACCCCGACAGCUUUGAAUGACUUGACUACCUUACUUGUGAGGUUUAGACUACAUAAAUUUGCGGUUUCCACAGACAUCGAGAAGGCGUUCCUUCACGUGGGCCUCCAUGGAAGCGACAGAGAUGUAACCAGGUUCCUGUGGUUACUUGAUCCAUCUGAUGUACACAGUCCCCUGCAGACAUACAGGUUUAAAGCAGUUCUGUUUGGAGCAACGUGCUCGCCUUUUAUUCUAAACGCCACUUUGCAGAAACAUCUACAAGAAAACAGCCAAAACUGGGCAAGCAAAACAACGAAAAACGAUUUAUAUGUAGACAACAUUAUAUCCAGCUUUCCGGAAGAGGAUGACUUGUUGAAGUACUUCCUACAUGAACGAGAUCUCAUGUUGAGCGCGGGAUUUAAUUUAAGAGCGUGGACGACAAACAGCGAGAAACUGAAAAUUUUAGCAGGAUCCGAGAAUGUCCUUGAUCCAAAACAGACUACAAAGGUACUUGGGAUGGCUUGGAAUACUCCGGCAGACGACAUAGGAUUUCUCUCAAACCCCAUAACAAUGACGUCACAAAGUGCUACCAAACGAGAAAUACUGCGCCAGACCUCCAGAAUCUACGACCCUCUAGGUCUACUCACACCCGUGACUGUUCGAGCUAAGAUACUGAUCCAAGAUACAUGGAAACAUGAUUUCACGUGGGACACAAUUUACCAGAUGAGACACAGAUUGUUUGAAACAGUUUGA